GAAGAACUCAUUCACUUAUAUUUUCGGCCAAAAAUACUUAGUCAAUAUUGUCUUACAUUUUAUUCGGUGAUAUUCCUUUCGGAAUAACAUUAACAAUAGUAAGUUUAUAUUGGUGUAGAUACUUAUUUGCCUAUAUUGUUCUCGAUUAAGCCUACAAAGUAUGUCGGAAAUCGAAGAAGCAUUCCAACGUAUCAGCCAGCGUCCUAAUGUGGCAGGAAUCAUUGUUGUAGAUAAAGAAGGAACACCUAUACGUAGUACUAUUGAAGAUACCGUAGUGCAAAACCAAUAUGCCCAUCUUAUUACAGCGCUGGCAGCUAAAGCUCGACACUGUGUUCGCGAUUUAGAUCCGACAAAUGAUCUCUCGUUUCUUCGAAUUCGAAGCAAAAAAAAUGAGAUCAUGGUUGCACCUGACAAAGAUUUUUCACUUAUCGUCAUACAAAGUCUUACCGACAAUGCAUGA